AUGUACAUCACCCUCUACUACAUAGUCACCCGGCUCCCUGACUCUCUCCGCAUAGUCAGGGACCAUUGCCUCUCAGUUUGCCCCACCACUCUCACCGUUGACCUCCUCGAGAAGGGCCUCCUAGCAGCAGAGAAGAGCAUAGUCGCUGUAGGAGCCUCUCGUGGUGACCCUCGCACCCCCGUCUUUGAGGGGUGUUCCCCCUCCCCCCUUUUGCCCUCUGUUGCCUCUGCUGCUGCUGCCGACCUCGUUGGUUUCUCCGGGGUCGGCGCUGCGUCUGCCCCUAGCGGGAGACGCCGCACCGGCAAGGGCAAGGGGGGCAAGGGAACUGGAGGGGCUAGCGGGGGUGGUGGAGGUGGUGGUGGAGGCAGUGGAGGGAGUGGGCGCGGUGGGGGUACUGGUCCCUGCACUUACGUCCUCCGUACCGGCGGCCGAGCUGGUGAGCAGUGCGGGGGCCCGCACUCCACCCAGCGCUACUUCCUUCACCUGACGGAUGCGUGGCGUCACCAGUUCCCUGAGGCGUCAGAGAUCCCUCGCUGGGGAGAUCUGUCUAGGGCGGGGGUUGCCAUAUUUGAUCUUGACUAUGAUGCUAUCCUUGCUGCCAUGUAUGCUGUGACUACUAGUGUUGAGGGUGCCUGUAACCUGUGUGUACCUCCUGACCCGGGCAUUGAGGCCACUGCUCUAGGUGCUGGUGAGGCUGCUGCUCUAGGUGCUAGUGCGUCUGCUGCCCCAGGUGCUGGUGAUUCUGCUCUCUCAGGUACUACGUCGGCUCAGGCCUUACACACCUUCACCCUUGGCUCGGGUGCCUCCCGCUCCUUCUUUCGAGACCGCACCACUCUUACGCCGCUCAAUCGGCCGAUUGCAGUCUCCCUGGCGGACCCCUCUGGGGGUCCUGUCCUUUCUAGCUUCUCCACUCUUUUACCGUGCCCGGCAGCCCCCUCUGGCACCCUGUCAGGUCUCUACCUCCCCUCGUUCUCUACGAACUUGGUGAGUGGAGCGGACCUACAGGAUAGGGGGGUUGACCAGUUCACUCCUGCGAGUCAGCGGGUGACCCACUGCACGUGUGCUCGGACAGGCCGACACUUGGCCACGUUCACCCGUCGGCCAGGGUCGAGCCUGUACACCCUUACUACUGAGUCUCCUCCGGCUGCUGAGUCUGGCCAGGUAGCUGCGUCGAGUCAGGUGUUUGCUGCAGCAUCCAGGUCUGGUCCUGAGUCUGCUCCCUGCUCGCGUCGUCUCGUGUCCCACCAGACUCUCCUCUGGCACCACCGCCUUGGUCACCCCUCCCUGCCUCGUCUCCGAGGCAUGGCCUCCCGUGUCCUUCACGCACGUCCUUGA